AUGCUCCAGUCGCACAACAUGGCGUCAGCGGUAAUAUUAGGCCUUAUACUCCUAAUUCCAAUCAUCCUGAUUCCCCGCUACACAGGGUGGUCCAAAUCAGUUCCAUACCCAACCAAACUUCUCCGACUAUGGCGUCAGCGGCCCAAACAAUCCAGCGAGAUUAUCUCGUUGCGCAUGUACCCCAUAAAAUCAUGCCGAGGCCUAGAAGUACAAUCAACUGUCCUUAAGCAGCACGGUCUCGAUCUUGACCGCCGCUGGAUGCUGAUCGACGCAUCCUCAAAUACCUUCCUCACCAUCCGCCAAAUCCCGGAUAUGACCCGCAUUCGCACCGCUCUAAGCGCCGAUGGCGACGAGUUGGUUGUGAGUAUCCCAAAACCAGGAACCAAUGGAUCCAGUCGGGAGAAAUCCAAAGAUGAAGUCCAAGGCCAAAAUCAAGAGCAUCAAUUUCACACAAUCCGCCUCCCUUCCCAUCCAUCCCCGCAAUGGCUAGCGGAAAAUACAAAUCCGGGCCCCGUCCAGAUCUGGGAUACGGAAACAGACGGUUACAGGUAUAGCGAUGAAAUCAAUGCCCCCUUCUCCGCUUUUCUGCGUCGUGACGUUGCCCUUGUCUACAAGGGCCCGACCCCGCGCGUCCUAAAGGGAAACGGCGCUCCCAGCCGCCUGGGUCGUGUCCAGACGACUGGCUUUCCAGACGUACACCCAGUGCUGAUUGCAUCGGAGGCUUCGCUGGCAGAGCUUAAUGUCCGUCUAGAAAGCGUGGGCGUCGACCCGAUUACUGUCGAGCGGUUCCGUCCAAAUAUCGUUGUUCGUGGUGGGGCGCCGUGGAGUGAGGAUUCAUGGAAGUUAGUUCGCAUUACUGAUCGGAAGACUGGUGAUGUUUUUGGUGGUUCUGCGGGUGAGGGCGAGACUAUGGUCCGGCCUUCGCUUGAUCUGGAUAUUGUCGCUCGCUGUGCGCGCUGCCAGGUGCCUAAUGUUGAUCCAGACACGGCGCUCAAACAUAAGAAGCAACCGUGGGAUACGCUUGUUUCGUACCGUAGGGUUGAUGAAGGGAUUAAAUAUAAGCCUUGUUUUGGGAUGCUGAGUGCUCCGCGUAAUGAGGGGGUUAUUGAGGUCGGAAUGAAGUUAGAGGUUUUGGAGGAGACGACGGAACAUCGGUAUGUUACUGGUUUUUGA